AUGACCCCGGAGGAGGAAGGCUCUGGGGCAGGGCCCCCACAGCGGGUGCGUAUCCGGGUGGAGGAGCAGUUGUUCUGUGUGGAGAAGACCCUGCUGGUGGAGAGCAGUGAGUACUUCCGUGCCCUCUUCCGCUCGGGCAUGAGGGAGAGCACGCAGGAGGAGAUCGGGCUGGGGGAGCUGAGCGCGGCCGGGUUCCUCGCCAUGCUGCGGGUGCUGGAGGGCGAGAGGCCCAUCCUUGGCAGUGAGGAGACCCUCCAGGCAGUGAAGUGUGCUGCCUUCCUGCAGGUGAAGCCCUUGGCCAAGUACUUGAUCCACUCCAUCAACUCCGACAACUGCAUCCUGCUGUACCAAGCCGCUGCCAUAUUCGGCCUCCUGGAUCUCUUCCACUGCGCCGCUCUCUAUAUCAGGGACAGCUACGCUGAGCUGGAGGAGUACCUGGACUGCCUCUCUGAUGACCUGCUGGCCUACGUGGAAGCCCUCCUGCCCAGCACCUUUGUGGCAGUGGGAGCCCACACGCCCACCUUCGAGUUCUUGGAGGACCUGUCCAGGACCAUCUGCUACCUGGACGAGGAGACCAACGCGUGGAGGACCCUCUCCUGCCUGCCGCUGAGCGCCAGCACGUUCCUAGCCGGCAUGGCAACCAUGGAUAACAAGAUCUACAUCGUGGGUGGCGUCUACGGGGCCAACAAGCAGGUGGUGGAGAGCAGCUUCUGCUACGACGCUGACGCCAACGCCUGGAGCGAGUUCCCCAGCCCUCACCAGCUACGCUACGAUGUCAGGCUGGUGGGCCACGAGGGCUUCCUCUAUGCCAUCGGGGGGGAGUACGAGAAGAUCUCACUCAAGUCCGUGGAGAGGUACGACGUGGCCUCCAGCACUUGGACGUUCGUCUCCGACCUGCCGCAGCCCAGCACGGCGGCGCCCUGUGCCCAAGCCCUGGGGCAGAUCUUCGUUUGCCUGUGGCAGCCACUGGACACCACCGUCAUCUACGAGUACGAGACGCAGCGGGACGAGUGGCUCCCCGUCACCGAGCUCAAGCGGCACCAGAGCUACGGGCACUGCAUGGUGGCCCACCGUGACAACCUCUACGUCAUGCGCAACGGCCCCUACGACGACUUCUUGCGCUGUGUCAUCGACUGCUUCAACCUGACGUCGCGGCAGUGGACGGCCCUGCCCGGGCAGUUCUUGAACAGCAAGGGAGCCCUGUUCACUGCUGUUGUCAGGGGGGACACCAUCUACACCGUCAACAAGAUGCUGACGCUCCUCUACUCCGUGGAAGAGGAGACCUGGAAGAAGAAGAAGGAGCGGGCAGGUUUCCCGCGCAGUGGCUCCCUGCAGACCUUCCUCCUGCGGCUGCCGAGACGUGACCACGACAUCGCGACGUAGGUGGUCCCCCAUCCCAUGUCAGGGCGCUCUCCUUGCACGUGGCUCUGCACUUGUUGCUCCCCUGGGCUCCUCUCCUCCUCCGUGGAGCCGGGCUCAGGUCCAGGGAUGCCUCAUGUUGGACCUUGAAGGUGACACUGGACCUGC